CUGGCAUCUGUUGGUAGGGUUUGGGGAGUGGAGAGGAACUUUUGUCUUGCCACUGAGGGAAGCUAUUUGUUUUCAUUGUAUUGGAUUCUUGGGGAGAGAUUUGUUGUCCUCCCCUCAAAAGGCAAAGGGGCGAGUUGUGCCAUUUGCUGACCUAGGAACCAUGAGGAGAUAUAUGGUAUCUCAUAGCUGGCAGCUCCUGAAGACGGAACUGGGGCUGUACCAGCUCGCCAUGGAUAUCAUAGUGAUGAUCCGAGUGUGUAAAAUGUUCCGCCAAGGCCUCAGGGGAUUCCGGGAAUAUCAAAUCAUUGAGGCUGGUCACAGAAAGCACCCUAUCUUCUCCUUCUGGGAUAAAAAGAAGAGGGGACGGAUCACCUUUGAUACUAUGGACUUCAUUGCAGAGAAGGGUCACUUCCCUCCAGGGGCCAUUCAGAUUGCACAGAAGAAGCCUUCCUGGAGGACAGAGCGUGAGAUCCAGGCUCUCUGUAACCUCUUGCAGGUUAUGGAUAGCUACCGGAACUACUCAGAGGCCUUGCAGCUUCUCCUGGCCAAAGUCAUGCGCUUUGAAAGGUUUGGUCGCAGGCGUGUGAUCAUCAGGAAGGGGCAGAAAGGCAACAGCUUUUACUUCAUCUACCUGGGCACAGUCGCAGUGACUGAGGAUGAGGAUGGCAGCAGUGCCUUCCUGGACCCCCACCCGACAUUGCUGCACAAGGGUGGCUGUUUUGGGGAAAUGGGCCUCCUGACUGCUUCAGUAACGAAGUCCACUGUGGUCUGUAUGGAAGAAACGGAGUUCUUGGUCAUUGACCGGGAGGACUUUUUUGCUAAUAAGCUGGAUCAGGAAAUUCAAAAGGAUGCUCAGCAUCAGUUUGAAUUUUUUAGGAAGAUGGAUCUAUUUGAAUUGUGGUCGGAUGAGAAGCUCUGGCAGCUCGUAUCCCUGGGAAAAGUAGAGAAGUUUGCACAUGGGCAGCUGAUCUCAGAGGACUUCACAGAGUCUCCCUCCAUCUUGUUUAUCUGUAAGGGCAGCUGUGAGAUCCUAAGGCUGAUAAACCUUGGGACCUCCCCUUCCUACUAUAAGUGGAUCUGGCAGCAUCUGGAACUACUAGAGGACAGGCCUCUGAAGUCCAGCCUACAUGAACCCUCUCCUAUGGAGAGAUUUAGGGAAUUCCAAAUCAGAACAUACCCUCUACAGGACUUCAGCGCUUUGAAACUUGUACAUCUCGGGAAAGCCUUGGAGCAACAGGGGACAAGCUUUGAGAGGACGGUCAAGACCUCAGAAAGCAGUCUCCCAAAGAUGUUGGGCCCAAAGAUCAAGUCCAAGAAUGUUAAUUUUAUCAACCGGUCCAUGAUCACUACCAAGUUUAGGGAGAUCCCCAAGGAGGCUGCAGUAGGGACCUACAUCAAAAUCCACACUGUGGAGGAAGGUGAAAUUUUGGGCAUUCACCAGGCCAUCCUCCCAGAGGACCAGCGUGACACCCGGGCCUUGAUCCUCUUGAGCCUGGGAACUGAGGUGAUACGGGUGAGGAAAGAAAAAUUUUAUGACUUGAUUGACAACGAGAUAAGAGGAAAGUUGUCAAGUUGUGAAAUUCAGUAUCCCAGUGAUGAAGAAAUGUGCCAGAGUUUCCUUAAGGAGAACAGCUGGAACAUCUUUCGGAAAGACCUGCUGCGGCUACUGGUGAAGCCUCGCCAAAGUCCGCCACUCACACCACUCCGGCCCAAGAAGAAAGGGAUCUAUAAUCCGAAAGCUCUUAUCUUGGAUUUGUGUAGCAUCGACAAGAAGACUAAACUUCAACAUCCCAUUUUUAUGGCAUCCCAAAAGCUCCUUCCCCCUCUGAGGAUUGUCCAAACCAUCACGGCACCCCGGUACAAAAUUCAAGAACUCCUGCCUCAGUAUAAGAAUGCAGGAGUCCUUGUUUAGAACCAAUAAAGGAUGGGUUGG